UUUCAGACGCAAACGCUCGUAACGGGUUCUAGGGAAACGUUAAUGACGGAAGUGUGAACAAUAUAGGAAAAGCUACAUAAAUGUGAAAUUGUAAUCGCACAUGAACGCGAUUCGUGAAUAUAUGAUAUUAGGUGCAACGAGUAAUGGCUACUGCAAUAUUGUAAAAAAAAGUGUUCCUCCUGACAGCAGUAGAAAUGUAGUUCGUGUUAAUCGAAGAAUAUUUUGUGGUUUAAUUGUAUAUACAGAUUUUUUCAAUUAACUAAGGUUAAUAACAAAUUCAUUUGUUCCAUGACUUCCCUACUAAAUACUACGUCAACAAAAAAUGACAGUAUUAGAAACAGAAGAAGAUGCAGAUAAACGUUCAGUUCCUCCUAGGAAGAAAUUUUGCUUAUCCCUUUCUGGUCGUGAACGUACAAUUUCUAUUAAUACUUCUCAGGCUCCUCAGACUUCAGAGAGGGAGAGCCUUUUAAACAAAGAUACCUGUACUCAUAGUAUAAGCAAAAUGUUGAAUGGUUAUCGUAAUCAAUUGAGCAAUCAUCAAGAUGGAAGUUAUGAUGUAUCAAAUAGCGGUACAGAAGGAUUAAGGAUAGCUACUUUAUGUAAUUUAGGAAAUACAUGUUUUUUGAACAGUGUGAUAUAUACUUUACGAUUUGCACCAUCAUUUCUACAUAAUUUGCAUCAUUUGGCCACUGAUUUAUCUAAUUUAAAUGAUAAACAAAUUCAAACUAAAAUAAAGUCAUCAUCUUUGGGUAGAACUGGUGUAUCACUUACAUCAAGUGGCAGUCGGAGUUGGAGUAGUAAAGAUUUAUUAGCUUUGGCUGGACCUACUGGAGAUAAUAAUAAACACAGAAUACAAAUAGCUACUGAAAAAUUACAUGAAUUAUUUAUGGCAUUACGUGCAUCUGAAGCAAGAGAAAAUAGUGAACCAUACCAGCCAGAUGCGUUUUUACAAGCUCUUAGAGAUGUAAAUCCUAUCUUUGAGGGAAAUCAGCAACAAGAUGCUCAUGAACUUUUAGUAUGUUUGCUCGAUAAUAUUAGGGAAACAUUCCAAUUGUUGGUCAGACAUAGAGAAAGUCAAUUUGGACAAAAUAAUGAUACAUUAUCAGACUUUUCCACUGAACAUUUAACAGAUGUACAAUCAGAAGGUAAUAAUUCUAAUAAAAGAAGCAUUCGUAAAUCAAGAAAAAAGAAAAAAAUAACAACAAGAGGAAGUUCAUCUUGUCUUGUACAAUCAAAUUUAAAUGGUGUAUCAGUAUCUUCUAGACCAUACGAAAAUGUGAAGUAUUAUAUGAAAUAUUGUAUGAAAUAUGAAAAUGGUCAUGCUGAAUUUCCAGAAAGUAACGGAGAUAUAAGUAGUCAUAGAUUGGAAAGCAAGAAAUGUUUUAUUUCAGAAGAUUUUGAAGGAAUUAGUCUUCUGCGAACUACAUGUCUUGAAUGUGAACAUGUUACAGAACGAAAAGAAACAUUUUGCGAUAUAUGUGUGCCUAUAGAUAUAGACAGAUCAAGUGAAAAAGAUAAAGAAGUAAGACCAAUGGAUAGUAGUGAGGUAUAUAAACGUGCAGUAGUUACUAGUGAACUUCUUUGGGGCCGAGAUAAAUAUUGGUGCGCUCGUUGUCUUCGAUAUAAUGAAGCUCGUAGAGCUGUAUGUUUCCCAUCUUUACCAAGACUACUUAUAUUGCAAUUGAAAAGAUUUUCUACUGCAGCAGGGUCAAUGGAAAAAAUUAAUAAUCAUAUGCCAACGCCAUUAACAUUACAAUGUUUUUGUGAAGAAUGCAAUAACGAUCAAUCACGAACUACAGGUGGCAGAUCAGAAUCACGACAUGUAUAUAAAUUAUAUUCUGUAAUUAUGCAUCAGGGUGCAACAAUGACAGCUGGUCAUUAUGUUGCUUAUACCCGUUUGCCUGAUGAAUCUGCAUUUGCAGAAUAUUUUCAAUGUGACCGAGAUAGUAAGCGACAAACUUCUGGUCAGGGUAGUAGCAGCACAAAUACAAAUUCGUCUUCAUCAGAUAAAACAUCUGGUAUAUUAAAAUACUUUAGAAGUAAACCAAGUGCUAGUGAAACUAAGGAACAAUUAAUCAGGUUUGGUUGCCGCAGUAUGGAUUGUUGUGGUAUUCGACGUCAUAAACAUCCUAGCACGUGGUUAGAAUGUGAUGAUGAAGCAGUGCAUGUAAUCCCAUUGCGAGAAUUAGAAGAUAAACUAGCGCCAAAUCCACGAAAUUCCGCCACUCCUUACCUCCUGUUCUAUGUAAGAUCUGUGACAUAAAUAUUUCUCUUUUAAAAACGUAAAAAAAAAAAAAAAAUAUGUAUUUCGUAUUAAAACUAAAAGUGCAAUGGGCCUUGUUCCUUCUUGUUGAUGACUGCAGUCACACAUUCCACAUCUGUUUAUUCUGUACGUAUUGUAUCAGAUUUAGAUGAACGUGUAUAAUUUCGUAGAAAAUAAAUUAUGUAUUGACAUCAUGUUAAAUGUUAGAAUUUGAUAGUUAAAUGAUACACAAUAAAUUCUUCACUCAAGCGAUGAUUCAAAUCUUGCUAUUAAUACCACAAAGUGUCAAUUUGUAUUUAGGUAAUUAAUGUUAGCUGGGACGUGGAACGUAUUAUUUUUAAGUUAUCUCUGUAAAAAUAAAAAGUGUAUUCUUCCUUGUUCU